UCCAUUCUCAUUCGUUUUGUUAAACCCCUCCCUUUGGUUAGUUUCGUUUACCUGCUCCUCUGUUUCUCUCUUUCUUUUACUUUCUUUGCCUUUGAAUUCUCUUCCAUCCCCAUGUUGCUCUUCUUUCUUCACCUUCUGCUUCUGAGACUUGGGCUCUAGUUUCUUUCGCCAGCCAAGGAACACAAUUUCUCCACUCAAAAUGUUGAAACAAAAACUCUGUUUUCUCGACCAACAGAGGGGUUACUCUGCUUCAAUUUCUAUACAAAAACACUGCCAUCUCCACUUAAUAAAUGGCUGUUCUGAGGAUUUUCUUUCAACUCCAUUAAUAUUAUCUUUCUGUUUCAAUUAAUGGGUAUUAAUUAAAUAAUAAAAAAGAAGAAGAAUAAAAAUCAGAUCUCCUAAAUGUUUUGUUGCAACAAAAUUAAGUUGAACAGUAACCAUAGUUUGAUUAAUAUUAAAGUCUAUUCCAUGUGGUUGGUGGCUUAAGGUGGUAGGUUUAGAAAAAAAAAUGUCUUCUAGAAUUGUAUACGAUCUAUGUUGGUUUUGACUUUUUUUGGUGCUUAUCCAUCUCCGUUACUAAUAAUCAUGUUACAUCAUCACUUGCUCUGUUUUUUUAGUUGGAAAAAUGGCAGAGCGUGUGAUCACCCGAGUACACAGCCUCCGGGACCGUCUGGAUGACACAUUUAUUGCCCAUAGAAACGAGGUUUUGGCCUUGCUCACAAGGAUCGAGGGUAAGGGAAAAGGGAUUCUGCAACACCAUCAAUUUAUCCUAGAGUUCGAAGCCAUCCCUGAAGAAACCAGAAAGAAGCUCGCUGAUGGAGCAUUUUCUGAAAUAUUGAGAGCCAGUCAGGAAGCGAUCGUGUUGCCACCAUGGGUUGCACUUGCAGUUCGUCCAAGGCCUGGUGUUUGGGAGUAUAUUAAAGUGAAUGUCCACGCCCUUGUUGUUGAGGAACUCACUGUUGCCGAGUAUCUUCACUUCAAGGAAGAGCUUGUUGAUGGAAGUGCAAAUGGCAAUUUCGUUUUGGAAUUGGAUUUUGAGCCCUUCAAUGCAUCUUUCCCUCGCUCAACUCUUUCCAAGUCUAUCGGUAAUGGUGUCGAGUUCCUCAACCGCCACCUUUCGGCUAAAUUGUUCCAUGACAAGGAGAGCAUGCACCCUUUGCUUGAAUUCCUCAAAGUCCAUUGCCACAAAGGAAAGAACAUGAUGUUGAAUGACAGAAUUCAAAACCUGAAUUCCCUUCAACAUGUAUUGAGGAAGGCAGAAGAAUAUCUUGGUACACUGCCAGCUGAGACACCGUACGCUGAACUCGAACACAAGUUCCAGGAAAUCGGUUUAGAGAGAGGUUGGGGUGAUACCGCGGGGCGUGUGCUGGAGAUGAUCCAACUCCUUUUGGAUCUUCUCGAGGCCCCUGAUCCUUGCACCCUUGAGAAGUUCCUCGGGAGAGUUCCCAUGGUGUUCAAUGUUGUCAUCCUUACUCCUCACGGAUACUUUGCUCAAGACAACGUUUUGGGGUACCCCGACACCGGUGGCCAGGUUGUAUACAUCUUGGAUCAAGUCCGUGCCUUGGAGAACGAGAUGCUCCUCCGUAUCAAGCAGCAAGGACUCAACAUUACCCCUCGAAUCUUAAUUAUUACCAGACUUCUCCCUGACGCCGUUGGAACAACUUGUGGUCAACGAGUCGAGAAGGUAUACGGAACGGAAUACUCAGACAUCCUCCGAGUACCCUUUAGAACAGAGAAGGGAAUUGUACGUAGAUGGAUCUCGAGAUUCGAAGUCUGGCCCUACUUGGAAACUUACACUGAGGAUGUUGCUCACGAAAUUUCCAAAGAGUUGCAAGGCAAGCCCGAUCUCAUCAUCGGAAACUAUAGUGACGGCAACAUUGUUGCCUCGUUGCUGGCUCAUAAAUUGGGAGUCACACAGUGUACCAUUGCCCAUGCUUUGGAGAAAACAAAGUACCCAGAUUCCGAUAUUUACUGGAAGAAGCUCGAGGAUAAAUACCAUUUCUCCUGCCAAUUUACAGCUGAUCUUAUUGCAAUGAACCAUACAGAUUUCAUCAUCACUAGUACUUUCCAAGAAAUUGCAGGAAGCAAGGACACUGUUGGUCAAUAUGAGAGUCACACUGCUUUCACUCUUCCUGGUCUAUACCGAGUCGUACACGGUAUCGACGUAUUUGAUCCCAAAUUCAACAUCGUGUCUCCCGGUGCUGACAUGAGCAUAUACUUCCCUUACACCGAGGAGAAGAGGAGGUUGAAGCAUUUCCACCCCGAGAUUGAAGACCUCCUUUACAGCAAAGUCGAGAACGAAGAACACUUAUGUGUGCUAAACGACCGCAACAAGCCGAUCCUAUUCACAAUGGCAAGGCUGGACCGUGUUAAGAACUUAACCGGACUCGUCGAGUGGUACGGAAAGAAUGCAAAGCUUCGCGAGUUGGUUAACCUUGUAGUCGUAGGUGGAGACAGGAGAAAAGAAUCCAAAGAUUUAGAAGAGAAGGCCGAAAUGAAGAAGAUGUUUGAGCUGAUAGAAACAUACAAAUUGAACGGCCAAUUCAGAUGGAUAUCAUCGCAAAUGAACCGAGUUAGGAACGGUGAGCUGUACCGCUACAUUUGCGACACAAGGGGUGCCUUCGUACAACCAGCAUUGUACGAAGCCUUUGGAUUAACGGUUGUUGAAGCCAUGACUUGCGGGUUGCCCACAUUUGCUACCUGCAAUGGUGGACCAGCUGAAAUCAUUGUCCACGGUAAAUCUGGGUUCAACAUUGAUCCUUACCAUGGUGAUCAAGCUGCAGAGAUCCUUGUCGACUUCUUCGACAAAUGUAAAAAAGACCCAUCUCACUGGAACGACAUCUCUGAGGGUGGCUUGAAACGUAUCCAGGAGAAAUACACAUGGCAGAUAUACUCGGAGAGGCUAUUAACACUGACGGGAGUGUAUGGGUUCUGGAAGCACGUUUCCAACCUUGACCGUCGCGAGAGCCGCCGUUACCUGGAGAUGUUUUAUGCUCUUAAGUACCGCAAGCUGGCUGAAUCGGUUCCUCUGGCAGAGGAGAUGUAAAACAAAGGAAGAGGCGGGUUUUCCCUGGAGGAUUUUUCUGAGUUCUUCACAAUAAAAUAAUAAUAAUCUUUUGUUGUUUUCAUAUUUAUGGUCGGACAAGAAAAAGCCUCUUUUGUAUCUCUUUUCCUUUUUUUUUCUUUUUUUUUUUUGUUGUUUUAUUUUUCCCGGCAUUGUUAGAACAUGGAGGGGGUACUGCGCCCCUGGAUUCCAACAAAAGAUUGUGAUUUCCCUCAUUUUCUUUUUUUAUUUGUACGUGUCUCCCAAGUCCCAACUAGUGACGCCACCUGGUAUGACUAGACCUGACUAUGGGUUAUGUACGCCAUGAUAAAAUUUUAGAUCUUUUUAAUAGGUUUGGGUUUGGUUCGACUUAAAA